AUGGCAAUUCCUAGCAACAAUAAUGCCAGCAGCUUCUUCUUCAUACUGAUGGAUCUCCCAGGACUGGAGAGUGCUCACUGCUGGACAGCUAUUCCUAUCUGCCUUAUCUAUGGUCUCUCUUUGCUGGGCAACAUCACCAUAAUGUACAUUGUCAAGUCUGUGCACAGCCUUCACACACCCAUGUACCUCUUCCUUUCCAUGCUUUCAGUGGCUGACUUGGGCCUCUCAGUUUCUACGCUGCCUUCAACAGCGGUGUUUCUCUUAGGCCAGAGGAAGGUGGGAGCUGCAACCUGCUUUGCGCAACUCUUCUUCAUUCACACUUUCUCAGUCAUUGAGUCAGCUGUGCUGUUGGCCAUGGCUUUUGACCGCUGUGUGGCUAUCCGAGAGCCCUUACGCUAUGCCACCAUUCUCACAACCCAGCGCAUUGGGGCCAUUGGGUUGGCCAUUGUGACCCGCAGUGCUGCCCUUCACCUGCCCCUGCCUGUACUCCUUGGAAGACUUCAGUUCCAGCCCAUGAAUGCUCUGUCUCAUUCUUAUUGUGUUCACCCUGAUGUUGUAAGGCUGGCCAGGUCCAGCACUCUUGUGAACAGUGGCUUUGGGCUCUUCGUCAUGCUUUCCACAUUGGGGACAGAUGCUGUACUCAUUCUCCUCUCCUAUGUGCUGAUCUUGAAGACAGUGUUGAGCAUCGCUUCCAACGCUGGGCGACUCAAAGCCUUCAACACCUGCAUUUCCCAUAUCUGUGCUGUACUUCUCUUUUAUACCCCACUAGUCAGCCUGUCCAUGAUCCAUCGCUUUGGGAAAAAGAAACUACCAGCUCAGGUAUAUAUGCUUCUCUCCUAUCUGCACUUUCUUGUACCUCCAAUGCUCAACCCAAUUGUCUACAGUAUAAAAACCAAAGAGAUUCGGGUACGCGUUCUGAAGAUGCUCCACCUGAAAAAGCUUUGA